UGUAUAUUUACUUCCUGUUGAUAAACGAGACAUUGCUCGUGUUGCAAUAUAGAAUCUAACAGUUGUUUUUUUACGCAGAAUAGCGGGCCUGGUGCUAACUUGCUAUGGAGGAAGAUGAAUACACUGGGAGUGGAGGGAGCACCCCAGUGCAGGAUGAGCCCAUGUAUUUGGAGGGGGAAGGACCACCAGAGGAGGACAAUGAAAUGAUGAAUAUUGACCAUGCCAAAGGAAAUGACUCAGACAUUGGAAGUGAGACGGGUUCCCAAAGGGGUGGGAUAAGGGCUGAUGACGGGGAUGCUGAGUAUGUAAGUGACGGGGGAGAAGUGGAGAGGGAGGAGGUAGAACAGGAUAUUGUGGAGGAUGAGGAGAUGCAUUCUGGAGAUGAGGGUCCAGCCUCCCCUACUAGCAGAGGUGGAUCAUAUGACGGGAGUCCUCAAGGCUCACCUGAUGGAGACAGACCUUUGUCUCCUGAAACACCCCCUAUGUCCCCAGGGAGUGGACCAGCCUCUCCAGGAGAUAGUCCGCCAGCUAGCCCUGCCCCUAGUGGCAGUCCACCGGGGUCACCGAUGGGAAGUGCUAGUCCUCCCGGAUCUCCUGUUGGAAGUGCUCCACAUUCUCCAGCUGGAAGUGGCAGUCCCCCAGGAUCCCCAGCUGGCAAUGCGGUAGGGUCACCCAUGGGAAGUGGGAGUCCAGCAUCACCUGCAGGCAGUGCUCCUGGCUCUCCAGCUGGGAGUGCUCCCGGCUCUCCUAGAGAAUAUGGAAGCCCCCCAGGUUCUCCUGCAGAAAUUGCUAGUCCUCCUGGUUCACCGGUUGCUUCCCCUAUGUACUCUCCUGCCAACAGUUGUCCUGCUUCUCCAUCAGAAAUAAAAAUUCCAGAAAUGUCUCCAGGAAGUAGUCCUGCUUCUCCUGCAGGAAGUGCUAGUCCACCAAGAUCUCCGACAGGAAGUGGCAGUCCUCCACAGUCUCCGACGGGAAGUGGCAGCCCUCCUCAUUCCCCAACAGGAAGUGGCAGUGUACCUGGAUCACCAACUGGAAGUAGGCGAUCUCGCAGUGGUAGUCCAGCUUCCAGAUCCAGGAGUCGCUCUGCAAGUGGAAGUCGUUCAAGGUCAAGAAGCAGAUCUAGGAGUGGAAGUCCUGCAUCCCGUCGCUCUCGAUCUAGAAGUAGUAGUCGUGGUUCACGAUCACGAUCAAGAAGUGGAAGUCCAGGUUCUCGCCGCUCAAGAUCAGGUAGUGAAAGUUCCCGUGGCUCUCCUGCUAGACGCCGACGUAUUGACUCAGAUAGUGAAGAUGAGGGAGCAAAGAAGUCACACAAAAGGAAAGCUAAAGGAAGUGAUGAGGAAGAUGACAGUGACAAAGAGUCAGAAGUAGGCGAGCUGAUUGCAGAUAUUUUUGGCUCCAGUGACGAAGAGGAGGAGUUUGAGGGAUUUGGAGAAGAGGACGUAGAAGCUGCAAAUAAGAAAAAGGAAAAGAAAAAGUCCACAAUUUUGUCUGAUGACGAUGAAGAUGCGGGAGAGCAACCUACUGGAGAAACUGACGCAAAUCAAGGUGUACAAGACAAUUCAGAUGAUGACGUGAACCGGGAUGAUAAUGGCGGUGGAUUUGUAUCUGACUUUGAAGUGAUGAUGAUGAAGAAGAAAGAAGAAAACAGAAAAAACAGGGCGAAGAGGAAAGACUUUGAAAUAAUUAACGAUAAUGAUGAUCUUAUAGUGGACAUGAUAAAAAAGAUGAAAGAAGCAGCCGAGGCUGACCGAGAGCUGAACACCAAAAAGAAACCAGCAACAAGAAAACUCAAGUAUCUCACAGAUGUUAAUUCUCAGUUAAAAAAGUCAGAUUUACACGUAGCAUUCCUGGACUGUGGAGUGUUGUCAGCAAUGACAGAGUGGCUGGCUCCUUUGCCAGAUAAGAGUCUUCCUCACCUCCAGAUCAGGGAUACCUUCCUGAAACACCUACAUGACUUUCCAUCAGUGAGUAAUGAAGGCCUGAAGGCUAGUGGAAUCGGCAAGGCAGUCAUGUACCUGUACAAACACCCACGUGAAACCAAGAAUAAUAAAGAACGCUGCGGCAAACUCAUAAAUGACUGGUCACGUCCAAUUUUCAACCUCACCUCCAACUAUAAGAUGUUGUCCAAAGAAGAAAGGGAACAGAGGGACUAUGAACAGCUGCCAAAGAGACGGAGAUUAAGUACGGAGGGCAUGACGCCGAGGAGAGACAUCGACAAUGCCUUGUCAGGCGAUCAACAAGCCCUGCGACCAGGUGACAAGGGUUGGAUAAUGAGAGCGAGGGUUCCGAUGCCCUCCAACAAGGAUUAUGUUGUACGACCCAAGUGGAAGGUUGAGGAGAUGGUCAAAUCAUCCAGGAAAAAAGAUGUAACAAGAUAUGAAAAACAUGCAAGAUCUUUUGCUGAAAGGAAGAAGAUUGGAAAAGGCCAACGUGCAGUGGCAAUAAGUAUUGAGGGAAAAAACAUGGCGUUAUGAGAGAAUGUUACACUGAUUGUGAGGAGAAAGAUUGGUUUAUGGAAACAUGUGUUUAUAAUUGAGGAGAGAAAGAAAGCUGCCUGAGUAGAUGUGUUAAUUGUUGAGGAUGCAGGAUGGUGUUAUGAGAUGUGUUUAUUGUUGAGGGGAGAAAGAUAGCAUGAAGACAGAAUGUGCUUUUCAGGUGUUGUUUGAUAAACUAUUUGAAUGAAAAGUGGAAAUGUAACGGUAAGGAUCUCUUGGCCAAUUACAAUUAUUUCUCCAAUUGUGAGUUUGUAAAGAUGGAUUAGCUGUAGCACCUGUUUGGGAGGAUUAAGCUGGACUGUUAGGAUGUGUUGAGUUUGUGAACAGUCCUACAGCAAAAAAAACAAUAGUUUUUUAGAAUGUGUUGAGUUUGUGAACAGUCCUACAGCAAAAUAACAAUAGCUUUUAGGAUGUGUUGAGUUUGUGAACAGUCCUACA